AUGAGAGGGCUUUAGAUAAAAUUUACGAUGAUCUAUUAAAUAGACCUUAUACUUAAACCCAUGUAGAAUAAAUAAAGCUUAAAUCUUAUUAGUAAUCAUAAAUUGAUAUAAAUGGAGUAAAUAUAUAAGAACAAGAUUAAUUCUAUUAUGUGCUAUAGAUUAUGCUUAUAAAUUCUACACAGAAACUUAAAUUUUGAAUUUGGAAAGAAAAAGUAGGAAUGGCAAUGUUUAUUGGUAUUAUAUAAGAAAUAGAGGUAUUAGAUUUAGUCUAAUAGGUAAAAUUGAUCUAAAGUAUCCUGAUGUUGACAAUGAGGAAGGUGAUCAAAGAUUCUCUUAUGGCUAUUUCAUGGAUAAGGUGGUUAUGA